GAUCCUGGUACUGCGCAAGAUAAGAAGGCACCUGCCCGCAUAUCGGCACGCCAGGACCUCCCUUUGACAACCACUCAUACAUCCCUUUCCACAGACAAUAUACCCUUCCAUUAAUAAAGAAAAAUGUCACUCCAAGAGACUGUAACUCAGAACACUGUCUCGUUGUCUGCUCUCGCAGGUGACACGCAGCCCGAUGGAAGUGCUGUCCUAUAUCGGACGCUGCGAGAGCGGCCCAAAACAGUCAUCGGUAGCAGCGGUAACUACCUACAACUGGAGAAUGGACAAGCAAUUUUCGAUGCCUCUGGAGGUGCCGCCGUGUCCUGUCUCGGACAUGGAAAUGAGCGUGUCAAACAGGCUAUGAUGGCGCAGUUGGAGGCCAAUGCGUAUUCCUAUUCGCUCUUCUUCAGCAGUCCUGCGGGGGAGAAGCUUGCAAAGCUUCUCGUUGACUCUACCGAUGGAGUCAUGUCCAAGGCACUCAUCGUGAGUUCAGGUUCUGAGGCCGUAGAGGCAGCUUUAAAACUCUCGCGUCAAUACUUCAUGGAGCUCUCUCCUCCACAACCACAGCGUAUUCGCUUCAUUGCCAGAAAACCAUCAUAUCACGGCACUACCCUUGGUGCUCUUUCCGUCGGAGGCCAUGUGACUCGACGGGCUCUGUUUGAACCGAUGCUCAACCCGAACUUUAGCCAUGUGUCGCCCUUCAAUCCCUAUAGAGGACUAAAGGAGGGUGAAGAUAUGGAGGCUUACAUAGCUCGACUGGCCCAGGAACUCGAUGAUGAGUUCCAAAGGGUGGGACCUGAUACGGUUUGUGCAUUCUUUGCAGAACCUGUCGUUGGAGCGGCUCUGGGAUGCGUUGCAGCAGCCCCUGGCUACUUCAAGGCCAUGAAGGCUGUAUGUGAACGCUACGGUGCUCUCAUGGUAAUGGAUGAAGUUAUGUCAGGGAUGGGCCGAACCGGGACACUCCACGCGUGGGAGCAGGAAGGGGUGUCUCCUGAUAUUCAAACCUUCGGUAAGGCUCUGGGUGCCGGGUAUGUUCCCAUUGCUGGUCUGCUUGUCAGUAAGAAGGUUGUAGAUGUCUUGGAUAAAGGCACUGGUUCUUUCGCUCAUGGCCAGACAUACCAAGGCCACCCAGUGGCCUGUGCCGCUGCAUUUGAGGUGCAAACAAUCAUAAAGGAACAGAAGCUCCUCGAGAACGUCCGCAAAAUGGGGGCAUAUCUAGGCGAUCUCCUGAAGCAAAAACUCGACUCACAUCCGAAUGUCGGAGAAGUCAGAGGUCGGGGCUUGUUUUGGGGAAUCGAAUUUGUCAAGGACAAGGCUUCUAAGGAGCCAUUUGACACUUCCCUGGGGGUCGCUCAGGCUAUCCAUAAAAAGGCCCUUCAGCCUGGGUAUGACAUUUCUGUGCUCCCAGCGACGGGAUCUGUAGAUGGUACCCGUGGCGAUCACAUUAUCAUAUCGCCAGCCUACAACAUUACAGAGGCGGAUGUAGAGACUAUUGUUGACCGGGUUCAGAAGGCCAUUGAAGACUAUUUCGAGUCGCUGAGCGCUUAACUAGACUUCGCUGAAUCCUUUCUUGAGAAACUCGGUCUUCUAUGAGAUAAUUCUCAAUGGCAUUACUAGACUAGACAUCAAUAGUAUCUCAAAGCGAGACUGGUUACUAGUAGGAAUGGGAGACAACUACAUACUACGUAGAUGCUUGCACAAUUGCAUAGAAGCUUAGUCAGGAU